CGUACCACCGGCGAUCGAGCCAGUCUCUCCCGGUCCGGCGCGCCGCUAUCCCUAGCCAGAGGUCCUUUCCCUGCCGCCGGCGGGAUACAAGGAUGAAUUCCCUCUCCAUCCUCCUCUUCCCCCGCGCGCGCCCUUCGCUCCCGCUCCCGCUCCGCGCCGCCGCCCCGGCCACCAGCAGCACCAGAGCGGCGGCACCGGCCCCGCGACGGUGGCGGCAGCGCGCGCCGCUGCCCUCGCCGGUCUCGGCCGUGGCGGCGGAGGCGCCCUCGGCAGCGUCGCCGUUCGGUGCCGAGGCGGAGAAGGAGAAGGAGGAGCGGCAGUUCGACUGGCUGGACCAGUGGUACCCGCUGGCCCCGGUGUGCGACCUGGACCCCGGCGCGCCGCACGGCAAGACGGUGCUGGGCCUCCGCGUGGUGGCCUGGUACGACCGCGCCGUGGACGAGUGGCGCGUGUUCGACGACGCCUGCCCGCACCGCCUGGCGCCGCUCUCCGAGGGCCGCAUCGACGACAAGGGCCGCCUCCAGUGCGUCUACCACGGCUGGUGCUUCGACGGCCGCGGCUCCUGCCAGUUCAUCCCCCAGGCCCCCGCCCUCGGCCCACCUGUGCACAAGAACAGCAAGGCGUGCGUGGCGUCGUACCCGAGCGUGGUGCAGAACAACAUCCUGUGGUUCUACCCGAGGGCCGACGGCGAGCACCAGGACAUUCUGCAGAGGAAGCGCCCGCCAUUCAUCCCGGAGAUCGACGACCCCUCCUUCGUCGCCGUCUACGGCGUCAGGGACCUCCCCUACGGCUACGAUGUGUUGGUGGAGAACCUCAUGGACCCUGCACAUGUCCCCUACGCGCACAAGGGGCUGAUGGGCAAGCUUCGCAAGAAGGAAGACCUCGGCAGGGUUGAGUUCGACAUCGAAGGCGGCGGGCCGAUAAAGAUGAAGACGAAGGAGGCGAACGUGGACGGGUUUCUGACGGAGCAGCAGGAGAACCGCGGCUACUUCCGGUACGUCGCGCCGUGCACCUUCUACGGCUCGCCGCUUCCCAGAGAGGUCGCACCGUUCGCCGUCGACGACUCGCCGCUUCCCACUGAGGCCACGGAAGAGGAGGAGAAGAAGAAGAAGAAGCCCCAGUUCAUGAUGGUGUUCAUGUGCGUCCCAGUGGCGCCGGGGAAGAGCAGGGUGAUCUGGGCCUUCCCGAGGAACGUCGGCCUCUGGCUCGACAAGAUCAUACCGCGGUGGUACUACCACAUGGGCCCGAACGCCCUCUUGGACUCGGACAUGUACCUCCUCCACGUCGAGGAGCGUAACUUCGCCGCCGCCGGCGUCCAAAACUGGCACAAAGCCGUGUACGUGCCCACGUCGUCGGACAACAUGGUGAUCGCCUUCAGAAACUGGUUCAGAAAGCACUGCAGGAGCCAGGUCGGCUGGGCCGUCCCCACAGCCGAUCAGCUGCCGGCGACUCCAACCAAAGACAAGCUCAUGGAGAGGUACUGGUCGCACGUGGCGCAGUGCAGGAGCUGCAGCGCGGCGUUGAAGGCCAUGAAGGCGCUGGAGGUCGCCCUGCAGUUCGCGUCGGUUGCGGUCGUCGGCUUCCUCGCCGUCGCCAAGGGGACGCUGGUGACGUCGGUCGUGCAGAGAGCCGCCGUCGUGUCCUUGGCCGUGCUGUGCUUCGCCGCGUCCCGCUGGCUGGCGAGCUUCAUCGAGAAGAACUUCUAUUUCCAUGAUUACGUCCAUGCUUACAAGUGAAGAGAUAUUCCGGCCCGUGCCAUGCAAUCAAAGAAAAAUAGAUGUGUCGAGAGAGGACUUUAAUACAUACUCCUUCAUGUAUGCCUUCACAUCCUUAUGCUGUCCAAAUAAGGGAAAGUUGUAAAUAUCCUAGCAGUUUUGCCAAGUCGCAGUAAGACUUCGUUAUGUCUCAGUCGAUGAUAUAUUCUUUUCAUCUUGCAUGGAGAUUCGUAAAAAGGAAUUCCUUUUA